AUGGAGGACCCUGCACGUCGAAAACUUAAAGACAGCCUAGUCUCACGUACAGAACUUGGACAAGAUGACAAAAACUCGGAUCCAAAGAAAGAUGUAUCGUACAAGCAGAAAUGGAGCUCACAGACUCUCUCUGCUGGUCACAAAGUGUUGGGCUUUGAUGCUGUAAAUAAACUGGAGAGUUUCCUGCCUCCUGUAAGUAUCAUACCUCAAUAUAUAGAUUGUGUGAAUGUGAGGUUGGUUGAUGGUCACAGUCUCUGUGCUGGUAGAGUGGAGGUUCUUCAUAGAGGUCAGUGGGGAACAGUGUGUGAUGAUGACUGGGAUUUGGUUGAUGCUGCAGUGGUGUGUAAAGAGCUGGACUGUGGAGAACCUGUAGAUGCUCUGCGUAGUGCUCAUUUUGGACCAGGAUCAGGACAAAUCUGGAUUAAUUUUGUCAUGUGUUGGGGAUCAGAAUCCACACUAAAGAACUGUGAGUCAGGAGGAUGGGAUAGACACAACUGUGAUCAUAAUAAAGAUGCUGGAGUCAUCUGCUCAGAAGUCAGGUUGGUUGGUGGUUCUCGCUGCUCUGGGAGGUUAGAGAUGCUUCAUGAUCAGACGUGGAUGUCUGUGUGUGACGCAGCCUUUGACCAGCAGGAUGCAGAGGUUGUGUGUAGAGAACUGGACUGUGGGGCUCCUGUACAGGUGCUGGGAGCAGCUGCUUUUGGCAAAGGAGACGCUCAGAUGUGGACACAAGAGAUUCAGUGCAGAGGAAAUGAGUCUCAGAUUCACCUCUGUCCAACAUCACCAUUACAUGAAAACAACUGUUCUCAUGAGUUCAACAUUGGUUUGCUGUGCAUAAUAAAUGUGAGAUUGGUAAAUGGUACCAGUCGCUGUGCUGGUACAGUGGAGGUUCUUUAUAGAGGUCAGUGGGGAACAGUGUGUGGUGAUGGUUGGGAUUUGGCUGAUGCUGCAGUGGUGUGUAGAGAGCUGGACUGUGGAGAACCUGUAGAUGCUCUGGGUGAUGCUCAUUUUGGACCAGCAUCAGGACCAAUCUGGAUGAGUACUGUGUGUGUAGAGAGCUGGACUGUGGAGAACCUGCUGGUUGGAGGUUCUCGCUGCUCUGGGAGGUUAGAGAUACUUCAUGAUCAGUCGUGGAUGUCAGUGUGUGACGCUGCCUUUGACCAGCAGGAUGCAGAGGUUGUGUGUAGAGAGCUGGACUGUGGGGCUCCUGUACAGGUGCUGGGAGCAGCUGCUUUUGGCAAAGGAGACACUCAGAUGUGGACACAAGUGAUUCGGUGCAGAGGAAAUGAGUCUCAGAUUCACCUCUGUCCAACUAACUCCUCACACAAACACAGCUGUUCACAUGAAUACAGUGUUGGACUAGUCUGUGCAGACAAUAUGAGAGUGAGGUUGGUUGGUGGCAACAGUCGCUGUGCUGGUCGAGUGGAGGUUCUUCAUAGAGGUCAGUGGGGAACAGUGUGUGGUGUGUGUUUUGAUAUGGCUGAUGCUGCAGUGGUGUGUAGAGAGCUGGACUGUGGAGAACCUGUAGAUGUUGUGGUUGAUGCUCAUUUUGGAUCAGGAUCAGGAGCAAUCUGGCCAAAUCGCAAGUUAUGUACUGGAUCAGAGUCUACACUGAAGAAUUGUGGAUCGGUACAAUGGGGUUCAUAUAUCUGUGAUCAUACUAAAGAUGCAGGAGUCAUCUGUUCAGGUGCCAGACUUAUUGGAAACUCCAGUUGCUCUGGGAGGUUAGAGAUACUUCAUGAUCAGACGUGGAUGUCAGUGUGUGACGCUGCCUUUGACCAGCAGGAUGCAGAGGUUGUGUGUAGAGAGCUGGACUGUGGGGCUCCUGUACAGGUGCUGGGAGCAGCUGCUUUUGACAAAGGAGACGCUCAGAUGUGGACACAAGAGAUUCAGUGCAGAGGAAAUGAGUCUCAGAUUCACCUCUGUCCAACAUCACUGCCACAAAAAUACAACUGUUCACAUGACAAUGAUGUCGGACUGCUUGACACGCCCGGUAUGGCUGCCCAGGCCUUGAACCGGGAUGCAAGUGGAUCUAAUUGCAAGUGA